GGAAGGGCGGUGUGAAGACCUGAUAAAGCCAAGUCCCUCUGUUCCUGGCAGCUCUCGGAAAGUCGAGGCCAGACUGACACUGAGCCCGACUGUUCAGACCACAGCACCAUGCCCAUGAUACUGGGUUACUGGGACAUCCGUGGGCUGGGCCAUGCCAUCCGCCUACUCCUGGAAUACACAGACUCAAGCUAUGAGGAGAAGAGAUACACCAUGGGGGACGCUCCUGACUAUGACCAAAGCCAAUGGUUGAUCGAGAAGUUCAAGCUGGGCCUGGACUUUCCUAACCUGCCCUACUUAAUUGACGGGUCACACAAGAUCACCCAGAGCAACGCCAUCCUGCGCUACCUCGGCCGCAAGCACAACAUGUGUGGGGAGACAGAAGAGGAGAGGAUUCGUGUGGACAUUCUGGAGAACCAGAUUAUGGAUAACCGCUUGGUGCUGGCGAGGCUUUGCUACAAUGCUGACUUUGAGAAGCUGAAGCCAGGGUACCUGGAGCAAUUGCCUGGAAUGCUGAGGCUUUAUUCCGAGUUCCUGGGCAAGCAGCCCUGGUUUGCAGGCAACAAGAUCACCUUUGUGGACUUCAUUGCUUAUGAUAUGCUUGAGAGGAACCAAAUCUUUGAACCCAAGUGCCUGGAAGCAUUCCCAAACCUGAAGGACUUCAUAUCUCGCUUUGAGGGCCUGAAGAAGAUCUCUGACUACAUGAAGACCAGUCGCUUCCUCCCAAGACCUGUGUUCACAAAGAUGGCCAUUUGGGGCAGCAAGUAGGGCCUUGACACGGUGGGAUGCAGGAUAAAGAUGCCUGAUUCCCUUGGUUUGUCAGGAGCCCCAGGGAGCAACCAGGAGCUCUGCAGCCCCCAAGCUACCUGUUCCUUCUUCUUUCCUUCCAUCCCGAUCCAGAUCCCAAGCCUCAGCCGCUCUCCUUUGCUC